UCCGACAGACUCGCUCGCUCGCUCGCUCUCCCUUUCUCCCUGUCACUUCGUCUUUCUGUCGGACACCCCUUCAAAGCGCGCCGAAAGCAGCAUGUCUCAGAAAGGAGAGAAGAAGGUGGCGGUUAAGGGAGGAGGGGACAGUCGACCUUCUUCUGCUGCUGGGAGUACUUCUUCGUGCUCGCAGUCUUCAGGGGAGGGCCCCUCUGCUAGGUCUGCUCUACGAAACUCCCAUAAAGGCUCAACACAGAAAGACUCCACAAGCAGUGAAUCUAGUCAGCGGAGAAAGAGUCGUCAGCUCAGUGACAACUCCAUUGCUGCCAUCUAUGCACCAUACCUCAACGCACUGUUUGGCCAGGAUAGAGAAUUAUUACCCGAGGAGCUAGAUGAGCUGCAGCAUGCCUUUAAGGAGUUUGACUAUGACAGUGACGGCUUCAUGCACUACAAGGACCUAGCAGACUGCAUGAGGACCAUGGGGUACAUGCCUACUGAGAUGGAGUUGAUUGAGAUCAUCCAGCAGGUCAAGAUGAGAUGGGGAGGACAUGUGGACUUUGAUGACUUUUGUGAGUUGAUGGGCCCACGCAUGCUGGCUGAGACUGCACACAUGGUGGGCCUGAGGGAGCUCCGCUGUGCCUUCAGGCAGUUUGACUGUAAUGGGGAUGGACAGAUCACCUUCGAGGAGCUGAAGGAGUCCAUGAAGAGUUUCCUGGGGGAGAAGCUAAAGAAGGGUGAGCUGGAGGAGAUCCUCUGUGACAUCGACCUCAACGGAGACGGGAACGUUGACUUCGACGAGUUUGUCAUGAUGUUGGCUACCCGCGGAUGACGUGAGGUUACUUCUUCCCUGUGACACAACGCCUCUCAUACCCACACAAUGCUGCCCGUGUGAUUGUAUUUCUAUAUUUGUAUGACGAAGCCACUGUAAAGACUAGGCCAGUGAUAAAUUAAUUUCUAGGCCACUCGGUUGUUAAUAAUUGGCUAAUCUGUGUAAACAGUGUAGCAAAUGGAACUUAACCAACGCCUCAAAGGGCAUCGAGACAGGGUUAUGAAACAAACAUGCUGGAGAGCUGUCACAGUGCGCUGCUGCCCUCUAGGGAGAAAUGUGGUGAACUGCACAGGAAAUUAUUGGCAGCAAGUUCUCAUUUGAUUCUAUAAAAAAUAAAUAAGGUGAAUUUA